AUGCCAGACCUUAACCAUUGGGUCUUUUAUACCGUAUAUCUAUUACAUCAAUUCCAGUCAAAUGAAAUUUACUUUACCCUUCUCCAAAUGUGUCCACAGAUGGCAUCAGCCACAGCAAACUAUGGACAGAAGGAGUCAUCAGAUCAGAACUUUGACUAUAUGUUCAAGAUCCUCAUAAUUGGCAACAGUAGUGUGGGUAAAACCUCCUUCUUGUUCCGUUAUGCCGAUGACUCCUUUACACCUGCCUUUGUCAGUACGGUUGGCAUUGACUUCAAAGUAAAGACCAUCUACAGGAAUGACAAACGGAUCAAACUACAGAUUUGGGACACAGCGGGUCAGGAGCGUUACCGCACCAUCACUACUGCUUACUACCGAGGUGCUAUGGGCUUCAUUCUUAUGUAUGACAUCACCAAUGAGGAAUCCUUCAAUGCUGUCCAGGACUGGUCUACUCAGAUCAAGACAUACUCAUGGGACAAUGCGCAGGUGCUGCUGGUAGGAAAUAAAUGUGAUAUGGACGAUGAGCGCAUGGUGAGUAGGGACAGGGCCCGGCAGCUGUCUGAACAUCUUGGUUUCGAGUUUUUCGAGGCCAGCGCCAAAGACAACAUCAACGUGAAGCAGACAUUUGAGCGUCUAGUCGACAUUAUUUGUGAAAAGAUGUCAGAGAGUCUGGAUGCCGGCGAUCCUGCUGUCACAGGAGCCAAGCAGGGGCCUCAGCUGACAGAGCAGCCUGCUCCACCACACCAGGACUGUGCAUGUUAA